AUGAGAACUUGAAUGGCUGCUGAAUGUUUGUGUUCAUGGAAUCUUGGUGAAGGAGGAACUGUAGAAUAUUUUGUUCCCCUGUACACACUGAAUGGGCUGGUACAGAACAGUAUCAUGGCUUGUACACGACAGUGUGCAACUGAUUACCUCAAAUAUGCCCGGGGAGAUCUGGUAACACGUCUCCAAAACUUUCCCCUUAUUACUGAGAAUCUUUGCCAGCACAAAGUCUUCAAUGACCAUGAUGUUGAUGCUCUUAAAGCAGAGAGAACAGACUUUGACAAAGCGAGAUUUAUACUGGACCGUGUUAUUAAAAGAGGAGAAAGUGCCAGCUAUGAGUUACUCAGGAUCCUUGAUGUAACAAGGAAGAGGACAUUACAUCCUGAUUCACACACCUGGCUCAGCCAAUUCCACUUCAGGGAAGACACUGAGACUGACUACACUGUGGGUACGAAGCCUUGUCACAACUACCAGAAACAACUUCAGACCAAAGCUAAACGCAUCUUGAGUAGACGGUGGAAUCAGUGCUGUAAACACCUAAAGCACAAAACAAGCGCUAAUGUCACCUUUAUACCUCUAGUCCUAGACACAGAUCCAGAUUUAAACUCUGCACAAAAUACACUUAAAAAAAAAACCCAGAAGUGCAAGAAACCUCGUGGAAAGAAGCUAAAGAGUUACAUUCCUGUGAAGAAACAGAAUCCCUCACCCAAAGACCUUUUGUGUAGUCAUAAGAAAGCAACACUUGUUAUAGGAAAACCUGGAAUAGGGAAAACAGCAGUUGUCCAAGAAAUGCUCUCCCUCUGGUCCAAUAAAGACAACCAAGAAUUAGACUACAUGUUCUACUUUGAUGAGAGUACAUUUACCACUAUCUCUAGUCUCAUGAGCUUGGAAUCUCUUCUCUUUGAUAUGUACUCAAAACCCCUGGAGAAAGAUAGAAAGGAAGUAUUACAGGAUAUUGAGGAAAACUCAGAGAAUGUCAUCAUUGUGCUCGAUGGCAUCAGUACUUUGCAGGACAACCCUACUAUAAAGAAAAUUAUUGAGCGGGACCUUCUUCCUGAGGCUAAGAUUGUGAUCACAUGCAAAUCGGAGGAGGAAGAUGACUUCCUUUUUGCAGACAGGUCCACAUGCCGAGUUUAUGUACAAGGAUUCAGUGAGGAGGCUAUCCAGACUUACUUUACACAGAUGAUUGGCUCUACUCCUCAAUUUUUGAAUAUAGUAUUGAACAAUCAGGAUCUGAUCAGUCUUUGCCAUGUCCCGAUGUAUGCCUUCAUGGUGGCGGUUUACAUUUCUUUCAAUGUCACUGCUCCCGAGCAUCCAAUGACCGUUACAGAAAUGUAUGUACACAUCCUGCGCCAAGACUUGAAAAAGGCUGGGAAAAAAAGCUCAGAACAAGUCGACAAAUACAUAAAUGAUGUAAAAGACCAACUUUUUUGCUUGAUGAAAACUGCUUUUACUGCAUCCAUUCAGAAAACUAUAAACAUAACAGAUGCAGUCAGCGAUGAAAUUGAAAUCAGUAAGUUUUUUCUGAGAAAAAUCACGAUCGAGAACACUCCCACUUCUGUGAACACUUUCUUUGCAUUUCUGCACAGUACAAUGCAGGAAUUCUUCUCUGCACUGUGGCUGCUUGGGAAUCCAGGUGAAAUUGAUGAGGUUCUUCAGAACUGUCUAACAAAGGAGCAAAAGCACAUGAAACACGUGAUCCCUUUCCUUUGUGGAAUUCUGUCAGAACAGAACCUCAAACUCCUGAAGAAUCUUUUCUCUGAAGAUCAAAUAAAAAGAGCCUCUGAUGGGCUCUUCUCAAAAGUCAUGAACACAUUUCUACAGCCUCAAUCUAAUGGGCAGCUUGAGGGUGAUGACGAUGACGUCGGUGUUCUUCCCUUUGUGUGUCAGUGCUUGUAUGAGUCUCAGUCACCUGAAGCUUGCUUGCUGUUCCUGGAGAAAGUGAACUAUGAGCUAGAUUUCAGUGGAGAAGACCUUGAUCCACAUCAGUGCUGUGCAGUGUCUUAUGUGAUCGGCCAGUCCAGAGAAAGCCAGGUUCAUCUGAGUUUGGAGGACUGCAGCAUAUCUAACCCUGGGAUUCAGAUGAUUCUCAAAUUCAAAUCACAGCUUAGAGAUAAGCCUUCUACUCUCUGUCAUGUGUGGACGUCAGUGCUGUGCUGUGGGAAACCCAGAGAUUUCCCAGCUUUACUGGAUGUUUGUGGAAAAGAGAUGCACCUUCCUGUGUUUGGUAAAGCAUCCAUGUUUAGGAAAGCUGGAGAGAUCAUGAGUCAAAGCUCAGAGAAGAUCAGCCUCCAUCUCCACUGUACAGAAGAUCCACAGAUCAGUAAAGUGCUCUGUAUCAUGGUCUUCAAGGGACUUCCAUUUAUGAAGUCCCUUAGGUUUGAGUUUCCUUGUGAUUCUUUGGUACAGCCAGACCACAGACUGCAGAUAAUAGAAUCUUAUCAGUGUGAUCUCAUUCUGGAAGGGGCAGAAACACAACAAAGUGCCAUUGUAUCAUCGGUUCUGAGGUUUCUCCAUAGAGAUCCAUUUUACGAAUGUGAUUUUCUAAUAAAACUGUACUUGCAUGUGAGAAAUAUGGAGAAAUUCAUCAUUCUGAAAAAUAUAUAUAGUUCUUUGCCAGACAUCUGGUACAUAGACCUCUCAGAGAGAAAGGCUUUAUACUUCCUAGAAGUGCUGAAACUCCAAACGGUGAAGAAACCAGUAGUGCUGAGAGGCUGGUCAGAUGAAAAAAGUGAAGUGAGGAGUUUCCUUCAGUGUCUGCCAUACAUCUCCCAGCUGAGUUUCUCUGCACCACCAAAUAUGGAAGAAAGUUCAUGGAGGCUCAAGGUGAAGUCACUUUUACUGAAGCUGUGUGUGCAAGCAGCUCUUUAUGAGAAUGAAACAGUACACACAGUUGUACAAAAAGUGUUGAUGUGGUCCAACAACAGUCAGAAUGACUUUCUAAUGGAUCUUUACUCAUAUGUGAAGGACUACGAGGCUCAAACAGGCAGGAGUGUCUUUCCUGUACUGCAGCCACUUUACGAGUCUUUUCCUGUCUGGUACACCAUGUCUAAUGUGUGGUCCAUCAGUCUCUCAGAGAGAAAGGCCUCACAUUUUCUAGAAGCUCUGAAAGUUCAAACAACAAAGAAACCAGUAAAUUUGUGGAGCUGGUCAGAUGAAGAGAGUGAAGUGAGGAGUUUCCUUCAGUGUCUGCCCUACAUCUCCCAGCUGAGGUUUAGUGAAAUUGUUUAUGAUGAUGAGGAAUAUAAAAUUAAAGCAGUGGAGUUCCUGCUGAAGCUCAUAGUUGCAGCAGCAGAGUGUGAUGCAGCUACAGGAGAGAGUUUCACUAAGCUGCUGACAUCUGUGUGCAGCUACACAACCUUCCCUGUAGGUGGACAUGAUGAGAAUUACAGUUCUGAAGUUCAGUGUGAUUUCCUGGCUGGAUCUGUUCUCACAAGUGAAGGACUAAACGUGCCCCAGGGCCCUGAGGAAGGACAACCAGACCAGCUUGAGGAGCUCAGGAUAAACCUGGUAGCUGUGAAAGAAACACACCACCAAACGGUGGCAGGUUAUGGAGGGACUGAUGAAAAAGACAUUGAAGACCCAUAUGAGGAUGUCUGCACAGAUGAUGAAUUCUAG